ACUUCCAAAUAAUAAAAUAGUCAAAACUAGUGUAUUACAAAAAAAUAAAAAUAAAAUAAAAAAUUUUAAAAGUAAUCACUAGCUAGUGACUAAAAUAAGUCCCAGUUAUGGGUCGUGUAAAUUUUGGAGUAUCGGCGUUCUUUAUUUUUUGUUUGUUAGGUUUAUCAGCUAAUGCAAAGGUAUUCAACAUUGGCUCUAAACCAGGCUGUGACAUCACUAAAGCAUUGUUGAAAGCAUUCAACGAGGCAUGCCAAUUCCCGACGAAGAGCACCGUUCUGAUCCCAAAAGGUGAAUACAAGCUUGGGGAAAUCGAGAUGACGGGUCCAUGCAAAGCUCCAAUAAGGAUUGCUCUUCAAGGUACCGUGAAAGCUGACGGAAACGCUGUUCAUAGUGAGAAAUGGAUCGCCUUCCGCAACAUUGAUGGCUUUAAGUUGAACGGAGGUGGUGUCUUCGACGGUGAAGGUAACGCAGCUUGGAGGGUCAAUAACUGCCACCAUACUUGGAAGUGCAAGAAACUACCCAUCAGCAUCCGUUUUGAUUUUGUUACGAACGCGAAAAUUAGAGGCAUAACCUCCUUAGACGCAAAGCACUUCCACAUUAACGUGAUUGGUGCAAAGAACAUGACAUUCGAAGAAGUCAAGAUCGUGGCCCCUGCAGAGAGCCCUAACACCGAUGGUAUCCACGUGGGAAGAAGUGAUGGAAUCAAGAUCAUCAAUUCAUUUAUCUCCACGGGAGAUGACUGUGUCUCUGUCGGAGACGGGAUGAAGAACCUUCUUGUGGAAAGAGUUACCUGCGGUCCCGGACAUGGAAUCAGUAUUGGAAGUCUCGGAAGGUACGGACACGAGCAAGACGUCAUGGGCAUCAAGAUCGUCAACUGCACCCUCCAAGAGACUGACAAUGGGCUAAGGAUCAAGACAUGGCCUACUGCAGCUUGCAGCACAAGCGCCUCCGAUAUCCAUUUCGAGAACAUCCUCCUCAAGAACGUCAGCAACCCCAUCCUCAUUGACCAAGAGUACUGCCCAUGGAACCAGUGCGACAAGAAGAAAGCUUCAACGAUCAAGCUGUCCAAAAUAAGCUUCAAGAACAUUAGAGGAACAUCAGGGAACAAAGACGCAGUGAAGCUUUUGUGCAGCAAGGGACAUCCAUGUCAGAACGUGGAGCUCGGUAACAUUAACAUCAAGUACACCGGAGCCGACGGUCCAGCCACAUUCCAAUGCUCAAACGUAUCCCCGAAGCUGAUGGGAACUCAGGUUCCGAAAGCGUGUAGCAGCCCGGUGACAAAGCCACUAAAGUAGAGAAAGUGUAAAUAUGAAUAUAUAAUGUACACCCUAGUGUAUGCUGUAUGCUUUUUCAAUUGGUAUCUUUGUAAUAUAUGUAUAUUUCUUUUGAGCUUUUGGCUAAAUUGUAAAAAAGGAAUCAUUCUUCGA